AGCGGGAGUCUUAACCUUUCACGUUACUCUCUCAAGAGUUCAUGGACAAAGUGUCAUCUAAAGUUAUUCAUGAUGUUAGCGGGCAGAAGAAGCUUGUGAGUUUUAGUCCGGUGCAGGGACGAAUAACCACGCAAACUAUACGAGAUGAGGAGGAGUAUAUGGAGCAUCUGGGAAAGAUCAUACAACGUGACUUUUUUCCUGAUCUGUCAUCAAAUGAAGAAAAAGUAGUUGGAAAUCAUGAUGAUGUAUCUGAUGAGCUUAAAGGCAGGAAUUCACUCAGCAGCGAUUCUCACAAUCCUGAAAAGAGUAGACAGUGAAUUCGAAAAUAAUGUGAAGACUUUAGGUGAUCCUACUGCCAUGUCUUUGGAUAAAUACAUGGCCAAUAAUACUACUGAAGAUGAUGCAUCCUUUGCUGAGUUAGUUGAAGAGAGCGAAAAGAAACAAAGAAUCAAGUUGGCACCUUUUUUUCCUUCUCUUCAGAGUCCUACUGUGGAACCCAUAGAUGGUCCAAAACACUUGGCUCUUCCCAGUGUGUCGGAUGCUGUUGUUGGACCUAGAAUCACAAUAUCUGGGAAUAAUGCAGUUCACUUUAACCCUGAUGGCGUAUCUCAUACAAAAGAGGAAUUAUUGGAAUUUUUAUCAAAAGAACGUAAAAUUGUACCGUCUAAUACUCGUUUUAAGCGACCAUUUCCCUCAAGUCUAGAGAAAAAGCGCACAGUGAAACAUUUACUAGCAGCCAAGUUGGGACACAUUGGUCUUAAUGGUUUGGAAAUGAACUCACCUUAUGGAACUCCUCAAGCCUCUGGCUAUAAAUUCCUCGAUUCUUCGCCUUCACCAAUGACAAUGUUUCCUCACACCCCCUUGAUGACUUGGGGUGAAUUGGAUUCUACACCUUUCCGGUUAGAUGAAAGUGAGAUGACACCAUCGGUUGUGUCUGGUGCUCCUGCUUUCCGCAUCCCAUCACCCUCGCAGCGUGAACAACUUGCCCAUCAGUUGGCAGACAAAGCAAGUCGUCAGCGGGUGCGUGGUCGAUUAGAAGCAGUAAAACGAAUUCAGUCGGUAGCUUCAAGUCCUUCGCGGUCACUGCUUUCACCAGCUGCUCUACGUUUGCUUGCCACAAGUUCCUCAAUUAUCAAUUAUGAUGUAAACAGUCGACCUUCAACUGGUACUGGUCGUGUUGGUGGGCAAACGAAUUCGCCUCUCCCAAAAGCCAAUACUCCUCGGCGAAUCCCUUCUGAUGUAGGUGUUGUUCAACAUCCGAAUUCAACACGUUCAACUCCAAUUCGGAAGGCUGUAAAGACUGUUACGCCUCAAAAGAAGACGCCUGUAGAAAAUACUGGUGCCGCUAAAUCAGAAAAUGCCUCAUCAAUUACAGAUAAUCUGCUUAACUUGAAGUCUCAUAAUGUGUGAUACAUUGUUUUCAUCGAACGAAAAUAUUGUGUAAAUAUUACUUUCAUUUCGAUUGUGUACCUAUUUUGUUUUACGUACAAUUGUAUUAACUAGUUUCGUGGUUCUUCUUAAACACUCCUUUUAAUUACUCAUAUAUAUAUAUAUAUAUAUAUAACUAGUCAGUUUGAUAGAUAUGAAUUCUGUUAUUGUAUCCUGAUUUCAUAAUACUCAUGUAAUAAAAACCACUCAUCCUCUCAUAAAAAUGGCCUGAACAUACCAAGCAGGUAUUUUAUGAUCUUGAGUUCAGUGGCUUUCUACUAUCAUAAGAAAAAGGCAC